AUGUUACUCCUUUCUCCCGUCUUUUUGGGAGCAGCAUUCUCUGUCCUAGCUUUGACGACGAAGUACAUCCAUGCGCUCCACCAGCAAUAUGGACCGGUUGUCCGAGUCGCACCAGACGAGGUCUCAUUCACAUCGUACGAAGCCGUCAAAGAGAUUUACUGCUCUGGAGGCAGCGGUUAUGACAAGACGGAGUUUUAUGACUUGUUUAAAGUCUAUGGACGAAGGACUAUGUUCACAACGUUGAACAAGGAAGAUCAUGCGAAGCGCAAGAGAAUAAUUGCGGACCGCUACGCAAACAGUAACGUCCUGCGACCUGUACCUCUAGGCGGAAUUCAGGAGAGGUCACAAAAGUUUAUCAAGUUGUGCGAGAAGUCCGUUGGCAAGAGCCACGACAUAUUCAUGAGUCUUCACUCAUACGCCUGUGAUUGCGUCACACAUCACCUGUUCCAUCCGUACGGCAGUAAUUGCCUCGAGGACAAGGCGGACGAGGAAAUGAUGCACCAGGUUGCUGCUGACGACAGCCUGCAAAACCGCCUUGUUCAGCACUAUAGUCCCGCGCUGCACAAGCUCCUCUCUCGAUUCCUGUACUUCUUCGCCAAGCCCCGCGAGACGCCCCUCGCCGACACCUUUGUCAUCGAGUCCAGCAAAAAGCCCGACCCGGCGGCCUUCACGCUCCUGAGCCGGCUCCACGACAAGGCGGGCCAGGGACUGGACCAGCUCGACGUGGCGGGCGAGUGCCUCGACCACAUGGCGGCAGGCAUCGACACGACGGGCGACGGGCUGUGCUUUCUCAUGUGGGAGCUCUCGCAGCCGCGGUCGCUGCGUUUUCAGGAGACGCUGCGACGCGAGCUGAGGGAGAACCCGGGGGUCGCGUUCGACAAGUUGCCGUUCCUCGAUGCCAUUGUGCAGGAAGGGUUGCGGUGCUUCCCAGCUAUCCCGAUGUCCCUGCCGCGUUAUGUGCCCCAGGGCGGGCGGGUGAUUGACGGGUAUGCCAUCCCGGGGAAGACUACAGUCAGCUGCCAGGCGUAUUCCAUUCACCGCAUCAACGAGGAAGUGUUCCCGGAGCCAGACUCGUUCAACCCUGAUCGGUGGAUGGAGCCAACGGGUGACGCUGAGAGGAAGCGGCUCAUGUUUGCGUUUGCUAACGGAGGCCGGGGAUGUGUUGGCAAGCAUCUGGCGCUCGCCGAGAUGAAGACUCUGUUGACGGAUAUUUACACCGGUUACACGACGCUUCCUGAGACGUCAAUGGCGGAAGAGUCGAUGGCCAUGUCGGACCAGCUCAUCUCCUCGCGACCCCUAGGACAAAAGUGUUUGCUGCAGUUUGUUCCCGUUGGCGAGAAGCGGGAAUGA